AUGAUUCAUAACGUCCCAACAACUCUUUCGCUUCAACCACGAGAAGCCAGAAGAGCGUUUCGUCUACAUCGACGCACUGUAAGAUCAAUCAUCUCAACUAUUUCCCCAAAUGACAAAAAUAGGCUUUAUGAGUUGGCCAAAGUCCAUCGUGACAAGAUGGAAGUUUACAAAUCUUUUGAAGAACAACGUAAUACAAAGCGAAUUGCAAUAGCUGCGCCCCAUUUACAAUCUACGUCCAGAUAUCCUACUGUAAAUGCGUAUCUUGACUCGUUGGCAGAAACAACGACAACGUCAGCAGGUUCCAAUAAUAAUAAACAUCUACAACCUCCAAAAUCUAUUCACAACGGUCCCUACCUUGUUUCAGGAACUGCUUCUGUCACUGCAACUUUCACGAGCUCUAAAAAUACUGCCAACCAUACCAAAAUUAAGGCAUCAAAAUUGGACACAUCACGCGCAGCUGCUCAUGCUGCAACAAUGACCACAGGGACAACGGCUUCAUCGGUAAAAUUGCGCGUACCUAAUACUACAAUGACGUCCAAUACUUUGCCGCAGUUUUUUUUGACCGGAACCCCACCAGCCGCUCCAUCACGACAGCCCUUCAGUUCUGGCGUCUACUAUUUCAAUUCAGACCAUGACAACAACAAUAACAACAACCUAAAUCAACAAACUGAAAGAGAAGACGAUGAAGAAGACGAAUCAGUUAUUAUCACUGCUGUCUCAGCAUCUAGACAUCACUUUCAAAAACUAAACAAAACACAAAAUGAAGAAUGCUCUUCUUCUGGUGAAUCCCUUCAAAUGGAUGCUUAUGACAGUGCUAGUGAAGGUUUUAUUUCUGCUGAUAUACUCAAUACUUCGGAAACCAUUCAACAUCAUCCCAUCAUUCCUAAUUCUAUUUAUCCAGAUAGACCGAAUACUACCAAUAAUACUGUUAGAACCUCCACUACACUUAGCAACAACCAUAUACCUACAAUUUCUCAUUUUGGAGAACAAUGGAUAAAUACCCAAAGAAUGUUUAACUAUGCUGACAGGGAAGUUUUGUGGAAUUACCCCUCUAUUGAUUUUUCUGCUUCAGGAGCACCGAUUACCAACUCUCCUUCUCCUAGUAUCCAUGACUCACCUUUUCUUUCACAUAUUCGUAGAAGACACUCUCAAGGGUAUAUGCCUAGUGCCAACCGUGAAUUCUUUUUUGAGAGUAGUACAGGAAAUAUCAAUAGUCACACUUUAUAUCACCGUCAUCUUCCAUCCUUAGACUCGUAUUCGGCAGAUCUUUUUAAUAUUGAACAUAGUUCUGGUCAAAUGCCACAACCACAACCACUAUCACUACAACCACCACGACAACAACAACAACAACAACAACAACAACAACAACUGUCGCCGCAACAAAGACUUACCGAAGUCUUAGAAAAUAGUCGAAGUGGUACGGCUGAUAUCAAUUACACUACAAUAAAUCACAAUCAUUCAGGUUUUCAGGCAAACAUCAAUUCUUCUCCACAAGAUAGUAAUUACCAAGACUUUUUGGACUCUUUUGGCGGCCAAUUAAGUGCCAAUACCCGUGGUACAAAUACAAUUCCCUUUUUUGAUACAUCACUGCCAUCUCCCUACGUGGACCCUUACGUUGAUUCCCCACAUUCUAUAUCCGAAACUCCAAUAAACUCUGCCUUUAUUUAUUCUGGAACAAGUGGAAACAGUAAUACCGAUGCUAGUACCAAAAGUAGUGAUUAUUGUAAACAAGAACAGGGUCAAAGCGAUGAUCAACCUUUUUGUUCUUCUUCAGUAUCAGAAGGGAACUCAGCUAAUAAUACAAAUAGUGGCAACAGUUUACUUCAAUCAGAUAGCCCGACAAGUCUCAUGGAUAGCUACCGAGCAAUUCCUCAAGAAACACUUGAUACCAGUCCUCUUUAUAAUACCACGCAUAGCACAUCAAUCUUUAACAGAAAUAUGAACAAUAAAAAAGACGAAGAAGAAAACUAG